AUGCAGCAGCCGUUUCAGACAAGGUGUUGUUGGGCUGGAGCCGGCCUGCUGGUCACGGUUUCACGAGAGGCGUUCGUACGGCUGUGGAGGCUCCGCUCGGGUGGUAAAGAAGGCAAAGCGGAGCAAGCUCACUACCUCAUGGCCCUGCAGGACGGCAGCGAGAAGGGGUCUAGACUCAACAAAGACGUCGCUGUUAGCAUUGCAUUCGAUCCAGUGGGACAUUGUUAUCAAAAGGAGGAUAUUGCCUUUGCCGUAGGCGUGUCCGGGUCGACCGUGUGGGAUCUGGGACGAGGAGCUGCGAUGGCGGCGGCGGGGGCAGCGCCUAAGGCCCUGGGAGCUCCGAGGAGUAUCAACAACAUUGGAGAAGGACAGGUCGUCGAGUCGGUGGCGGCCAACUGCAACGGCAGCCGCGUUUCACUCCUGGUAUCUCGACCGGUUAAGACCGCCGAUGGAGUUCCCAGACGGCAGAUCGACAGCCGUGUUAUAUUCUAUGAUAUUGUCAACGACAUCCUCUCAUCGAAGGACUGCAAGGCCUCUGACAUCCUCUACACUCCAGUAUCCCAUAUGUGGGACCAGCGAGAUCCUCGGGUUAUGGCGUGUCAGGGUCGUGAUGGGGUCCUGCCGGUGGCCCUCGCUACGCCGUACAUCUACUUCUACGACCAAGUCGAUGGAGAGAUCACCAAGGUCUGCCAACGCAGCUUCUCUGGUAUGGAGGCGGCCUGUGAUGGCCCUCAGGGGGCAUCGACGGCAAAGGCCCUCAUUGACUUCUCAUUCUAUCUGGCCAAGGGCAAUGCCGAUGCAGCCUAUCGGGCGGUUAGAGCGGUGGACUCGCUAGCAGUAUGGGAGAACCUCUGUAGGAUGGCAGUGAAGACGCGGCAGCUUCAGGUGGCCAGGAGGUGCUUGGGGCGGAUUCAGGCCUCGGGAGGGGGCGUCCACGGUGUCGUGACGGGAAUUCCGGCUGCCGCGCUUCGGGCUAGCUUCGUCUUGAGGGAGGCCGAGGCUAAGGGUGACUUCGCUACAGACGAGGAGGAACUUGCCGCAAUUGCUGUGCAUCUGGGGAUGAUUGAGGAGGCUGAAGAGCACUAUAAGGAGGCUCCGGAAUACUCUAAAUUGAAUAAGCUGUACCAGAAGCUAGGGCGAUGGUCGGACUCAAUAGCUGUCGCUGAGGUUCACGACCGGAUGCACCUACCGAGUACCCACUUCGCCUGUGCCAAGUCUCUCGAGGCAAGAGGAGACGUUGAUGGAGCUCUUAAGAAGUAUGAGGAGGCGGGAUCGGCUGGCCUCAGUGAGAUACCGAGGAUGUUCCUACGCUUUGGGCUUUUCCAGCAGUUGAGGGAAUACAUCGACCGCGCAGAGAAACCCUGCCUGUAUAAGUGGUACGGCCAGUACUUGGAGUCCAUGGGCAAUGCUGAAGAGGCAGAGCAGUACUAUCGUAAGGCUGAGGACUGGGCGACUCUGGUCCGUCUCUCCUGGGUUAAGUCCGACCUCGAUGGCGCCCGUAGGAUCUGUCGUGAAAGUGGUGACAGUGAUGCUACCUACCAGCAUGCUAAGUAUCUACAACAAUACUGUGUCGAGGGCAAGGAGGAGCUACUGAAAGAGGCUGUCGAGAGCUACUCAGUGGCUGGUCGUGUUGGGGCUGCUCUCAGGCUGGCACAGUCUUACGAUAUGGAGGCUGAGGUGAGGUUCUAUGAGAGCAAGGGAAACUAUGCGCGGGCUGCGGCGCUCUACCAGAAGAUUGGACAAACGGAUAAGGCCAUCUCUCUUUGUCUCGCCACGAGGCAAUACGAUGCCCUGCGGAAGCUGGCUGAUGACCUCACUCUCGAGAUUACUGACACAGCUACAGUGGAGAAGUGUGUUAAGGUGUUGAUAGAACGAGAGUAUUAUGAUAAGGCCGUGCAGAUCCUUGCCAACACUGAUCAACUGGAGAAGGCUGUUGGAAUGUGUGAGGACUACAAUGUGUCUCUCACAGAGGAAUUAGCAGAGAAGCUCACACCCAAGGAUCGGGAUCAUCCUCGAUACAAGGACCUUCUACUUGCCAUUGGAGAGAUGGCUAAGAAACAAGGCUUGUAUGCAGUGGCGUGCAAGAAGUUCACACAAGCUGGGGAUAAGAUAGCAGCUAUGAAGGCUCUUCUUCGGUCGGGAGACACCGAGAAGAUCAUAUUCUAUGCGCAGACGGCUCGAACCAAAGAGGUCUUCGUGCUGGCGGCCAACAACCUCCAGAGCCUAGACUGGUACAACAAUCCAGAGGUAGAGAAAAACAUAAUAGCGUUUUAUACACGGGCUAAGGCGGCGGAGAUGCUGGCACGAUUUCAUGAGGCUCGGGCUCAUAGGGCGAUAGAUGAACACCAGGACGUGGAUGCGGCGAUUGCCGCCCUUGAGGAAGCCGUAACGGUCGUCGAGAGGGUAAGAGAGCUUCUACCGCCUGCAGCUGCACACCUUUCCGCUGCCCUGAAUGCUAGUCUGCAAGUUCUCCGGAAAUUUGCCGAGGCCAGGAGAUCAGCGAGCACGGAUCCUAGAGCGAGUCUUGUGGCUUGCGGUGGCAUGUUGCAGUCGUCUGAGUUAACACAGAGUCCUCUACGGCCAGGGGAUGUCCUGAGUACGAUCAGUUACGCGUUUAUGGCCCACCUCUUUGACCACAACGGACAAACUUCAGAUGCAGCCGAAGUCGUGAAGAGAAUGAUUCAAGAAAAUAUCACUCCCAGUUCGAUGAAGAAGAUGGUCCGGCUCUCAACAGGUGUUUACAUCCCUCGGCAGCUACUACAGAGAAUCGGCUUUGGAGGUCUGCCCAAGGAGGCGAGUGAUGAGCAAGCAGAGGGGGAGGUCAUCGAAGAGGAAAUUGUUGAAGAUAUUGCCAUCUCAUGA